AACGGCCAAGUGGUUCUUGAUUCAAUUGUAUAAGGCAGUUGUACAUGAUGUGUCAGGCAGGUUGCAUUUCAGAGCAUGCUUUUGCUGCUAUUGAACUACCUCUUUCAUUUCUAUCUUAAAUAUACGUAGUCAGUAAGAAUUCAUCACAUCAAGGAGCUAAGCUAGCCAAGUAGUAGCCAUGGCUCUGGCCUUCGCCGUGCUCGCCACCUUCGCCGCGGCGGCGACGCCGACCACCACCACCAACCUCACCCUCCACAACCUCUGCACCCACCCUGUCUGGCCGCUCGUCACCGCCAACGCCGGCCUCCCCGCCAUCGCCGACGCCGCCGGCGCGGCCACCCGCCUCGACGGCAACGGCGACGGCCUCGCCACCCUCGCGUUCCCGCCGGGGGCGUGGUCCGGGCGCGUGGUGGCGCGCACCGGCUGCAGAGGCAACGGCAGCAGCAGGUGCGACACGGGCGACGCGCCGCCGGUGACGGUGGCGCAGGUGAGCGUGCACGGGGCGGGCGGGCUGGCGGAGUACAGCGUGAGCCUGGUGGACGGGUUCAACGUGGCGGUGGUGGUGACGCCGCACGGGUUCGAGCAGGGGCGGCUGUGCCCGUCGCUCGGGUGCGCCGUGGACCUCGCCGCGGACUGCCCCGGCGACGGGGGCAGGGGGGGGUGCAUGGCGGCGGGGCAGGCGGAGGCGUUCAAGGCGAGGUGCCCGGACACGAGGACGACGCCGACGGACGUGGAGGUGACGCCGCAGCGGUGCAUCCAGCCAGCCGAGCUCAAGGUCGUCUUCUGCCCGCCGGACAACACCUCCUCCACUCACUGACUGAUUCAUUGAUGGUUAGCAAGGAGGAGUAGUGAUUAGUCGCAAAUAAUAAUCCUAAUUAGCACGUAGUAAGAGGCUUCAUGCGCUGAUGGUGAUUGCAUUAAGAAGGCGCGCGUCUGUUCGUCGCCGGUAGCUACACUUGUUACUGUUAGAAAUGCAUGCUGUACGUGUGAUUCAUUCAAUAAAUGGUUUAACUCCGAAUCUGCCAGUUCAGACCUCAA